UCUAGAUACUCCACUUUUCCUUCUACAUACCCAAUAAUGAGUCUGUUAGGUGAGCUGGUGAUUCCUAACUGGCUCUGUGGAUGUGUAUGGGAGCAGCUUAUGUAGUGGACUGAUUCAAGGACAGUCUCUGCCUUUACCCAGUGUUGCUCCAAUAAGUAUUCAACUUGCAUAUGUUUGGGGACAUGAGAGGAAAAGAGGACCAACCUACGUAAACCUCACAUGGGCCUGGGGAAAAUAUUUAGACUCUACAUGGACAAUGUCCCGGGGUGUUAUUCAAACUCAGAAUACUGGAUACAUGACACAGCAAAAUUAGCAAUUGUCCCAGCCAGUAGUUACUUUUCAUUUAUUAAUUAAUUUUCUAAGCACACUUAUUCCAAUGUAGGGUUGUCCAAGAGCUAAACUUCCACAAAUUAGUACAUUUAAGUAGGUCUCCAGAAAACACAAGUAAAUCCAUGUGUGUUGAUGGGUGCCUCCCUUGAUGACCUUUAUCUUCUCACUAAUUAGUUUUCCACCCCCAUUGCUGCUUCCAGAGAAGCUGAGAAGGCUGACCAUGCCGUGUUCUGCUUCAGCAGCACAUCUCCAUCCCUCCUACAACCAUAUAUAAACUCCUUAGAAAUGGGAACUGCUCAACCUGCUCCUCCUUUUUUGCCUGGACUAACUUCAUAUUGCACAUGCUUUUGACUACACAACCCCAGGACCAGAUGGAGAGGCGCUCCAGAAGCACAUCUCGGUCAUCCAGAAGCUCAGGGAGAAAGGCAAAAGAUCUCCCGGCUCCACCAAGUAUACAUCUGCCACAGAAGAAUAGGCAGAGGCAGACCAGUGAGGCCAGAGGAAGGUCGUCUUCGAAAAGAAGAAGGAUGGAAGAUAAACCAGCAACAGAGGUCAAGGGCCCUCUGAAUGCUGACAGCAAUGUGGUAACUUCCACCGUGGUGGAUGUGGAUAAUGUAGUGGACUCGGACAUAGAAGAACAAGAGGAGACUGGGGCACUGCUGGAGAGUGAAGCCCAUGAAGAAGGAAUCAAACAUCGGAAGCUGAACUUCUGUGAGUGGAUCCUCACACUUGCCAUGAUGUUGGUUAUUUUGCUAUCCUUUCCCAUUUCCAUCUGGUUCUGCUUGAAGAUUGUUCGUGAGUAUGAGAGAGCUGUAAUCUUCAGACUGGGCCAUUUAAGGCCAGGGAAGGCAAGAGGACCAGGGCUCUGCUUCUACUUGCCUUGCUUGGAUGUUUGUCACAAAGUUGACCUUCGGAUUAAAACCUUUCAAAUCCCAUUCCAUGAGGUUGUGACGAAGGACAUGGUCACCAUGCAGUUGAACGCUGUCUGUUAUUACCGACUAGAGAAUGCAUCGCUUUCCUUUACUGCUGUAUCAGAUGCACCAAGUGCACUUCAGACGCUCGUCCAGACAACCAUGAAGUCCAUUUUGGCUCAUCACUGCUUUGCAGAUGUUCUCUUGAACAGGAAGAGCAUCACGGAUGAAAUGAAGAUUGCCCUGGAUGCCGUCACUUGUCAAUGGGGAAUCAAGGUGGAGAGGGCUGAUGUAAAGGAUCUGCAGCUGCCAGAUGAACUCAGACACACUCUGGCCAUGGAGGCUGAGGCCCAAAGGCUGGCCAAGACAAGGGUCAUUGCCGCAGAAGGGGAAAAAGCUGCCUCGGAGGCGUUACGAGUGGCGGCCGACAUCCUUUCAGGCUCCCCAACUGCGGUACAGCUGAGGUACCUGCACACCCUGCAUAAUCUGUCCAAUGAAAAGGCUUCGGUCAUUCUUCCACUGCCCUUUGACCUCUUUAAAGCUGUCAGCCCUGCCUGUUCAGCACACACUGUUGGCAUCAAGCAGGAAAGUGAGGCUGAGAAGCAGCAGAAAGAAAUCAAGAAUGACUCUCCGAUGCUUUGA